AUGUCUGACCGUCUUUCUAUCCUCAAGGGUGACAACCUUGUUCCUACCAACGACAUUCAGCCCGAGACAUCUAGUCCUUCCACCACUAACCCUCUCGAACUUCAGACAGUCACUCCCCUAUCUCUCCCAUCUUCCCAGUCUGAAGGUAUCAACAUGGUUCCCAAUUACUCCAACCUACCCUUAGGUCUUCAACCCUCCGUUGUCCCCCCUCGUGAGGAUGUCCCUCCUGGACAUGUCCGUCUUCUUGGCGGAUUCAUGUCUCCUGUUGACCCUGCUGAACCCAAGGAGGGCGAUGACACUGAGACUAAUGUGGAUCACUACCCAGGCGGUCCUCUCGAGCCUGAGGAUGCCGAUGACUUCCCCGGUGAGACCUUUGCGGAUGAUGGCGAGUCUCCGUAUGUCCCUUCUCCCAUUGCUCCUCCGCGCCGUAUGCUCUAUCUUCGCGAUAAUCGCACUCCUACAGCUUCAGAUGGCCCGGCACCUACACCCUUUAUGGAGUAUAGCACCCUGUAUCAGGCUCUCAACUCUACUUUCCCUCAGUAUGUUGGCCCUGAGCACCUUCAGCCCAUCGAUGCUUCAACCCGACUUCGUAUGACACCUCAUCAUGCGAUCAACACCCCCAGCCCUGACUUUGUUCAGCCCAUUAUCCCAUAUCAUCCCAAGCCAAUCGUGCCUGGAUUCCUCCCUCAGCCUAUUGGCCCACCUUCAGCUCAAUCUAUGGUCUACCACCAUCCUGAGUCUGUCGUCCCUCAUGGCCAGACUCUUGGUUCCCCCCCUGUCCAGCACAUGGUCCCUCACCAUGCCGAGCCCAUCAACCCGGACUUUGUGCAGUCUCCUACUUCUCAUGACCCGCAGACUGUUGGUGUUCAUCAUCCUCAGCGUAUCGGCUCCCUGGGUGAGGUGCUCAGCCCUUCUCCCAAGCAGGUUCCCACCCCAGUUGCCCGUCGUCGAUCGACCAUUACUUUCAACCCAGCGGCGGCUGCGUUCACCCCCAGUCCCACUAGUGCUGGCAUGGCCAACACUGGGGCGAAUGAGAUUGCACUUAGCCCUACCCCUACCGGUGCUGGAAUGGUUCCUUAUGAGGCGAGUGAGUUCACUCAGAACCCUGCCGACCUUGGCAUGGUCCCCUACGAGGAAGCUGGCGUUGAGGAUUCUGGUGCAGAUGCUAAUGCUCAACCUCCUAUGGUUGACGCGGUCCAAGAGACCUACAAGAAGAUCCUGGCCAUUGAGGAUGAUCGUGAUCGUGAGGAUGCGAUCAACGAAUUUUACUACAUGCAGGCUAAGCCCUGGACUGAUGAGAUGACCCGUCUUGAGAAGGAACAGCAGGAGCUGGAGGAGCGUAAGCGACGAUUCGCCCGCAAGUAG